AUGAGGAAUCAAUCAGUUGGUGAAGUUGCAAGAGUAAGCUUAAAAAAAACCAAAAAAUAGCCAUGAAAACCUUUACAGUCUUCCUUCUCUGUGCCCUCGUGGCCUUUGCUGUGGCUCAAGAUGAGAAUGAUCACACAAACGGACAGCCAGGUUGCCAGACGCAAGAGGAGGUGAAUAGACGUUACUGGCGCAACAACUGGGAUCCCACUCGUUUCUGGGUGUGUGACACCCUCAACCAACCUGCCCAUGCAGUCACCUGCGAGGAGCACACAGGUGAAGUGAGCCUUGCUUGGUUGGAUUCAGCACAGGCUUGCGUCUCAUGGUCCCAAUGGGAAUGGACCCCACCACGUGCCCCACCAUCACGCCCCUAAAUCAUCUCCGGUACCCGGAACUUAUAAUCCACCCCCAAAUUGAGCCUCUUCAUGUCCACAUGUUAUCAAUAAACAUUUCGUUUUGAUUGCAA